UGAAUUUUUAGUGGGAUGGCCGUAAAGCAGUUCUCUGUGUUAUACCACGUGGGUGUCGAUUCGCUGCCCUUGAAGAGAGGUUCAAAGAUGUCUGUUUCUAAAAACACAGGGGGUAAGGGAUUGGAUCUUCUCCGAAAUUUACCCAGGAUAUCACUUGCAAACCUCAGACCCAACCCAGGAGCCAAGAAGGCCGAAAAAAGACGGGGUCGCGGUGCUCAUGGAGGAAGUAGAAGUGGCCGAGGCCACAAAGGACAGCGACAGAGAGGAAAUCGCCCUCGACUUGGAUUUGAAGGGGGCCAAACACCGUUUUACCUUGUAAUUCCAAAAUAUGGCUACAAUGAGGGCCACAGCCGCAGACCUCAGUACCAGCCCUUAAGCCUGAACAGGCUUCAGUACCUAAUAGAUCUGGGCAGAAUAGACCCCACUCAACCUAUUGACCUAACCCAGCUCGUCAAUGGCAGAGGGGUCACAGUGCAGCCACUGAAGAGGGACUAUGGUGUACAGCUAGUGGAGGAGGGUGCUGAUACUUUCUCUGCUAAAGUUAACAUUGAAGUUCAGAUGGCUUCAGAGUGUGCAAUAGCUGCAAUAGAGAAGAAUGGUGGAGUUAUUACAACAGGUUUCUAUGAUCCAAGAAGUUUAUCUAUCCUGUGUAAGCCUGUACCUUUCUUCAUAAGGGGACAGCCCAUUCCAAAACGGAUGCUUCCAGGAGAAGAUUUGGUUCCAUACUACACAGAUUCUAAAAACCGUGGUUACCUGUGUGACCCAGCAAAGAUCCAACAAGCCAGGCUUGAACUUGCCAGGAAGUAUGGCUAUGUUUUACCAGACAUUACCAGGGAUGAACUGUUCCACAUGUUGACCACGCGCAAAGACCCCCGGCAGAUUUUCUUCGGUCUUGCUCCAGGUUGGGUGGUAAACAUGGCUGAAAAAAAGAUUCUGAAGCCCACUGAUGAAAAGCUAAUCAGUUAUUAUAGUUCUUGAGGAAAUCAUUGGAGGUUUUGUAUGCAAGUGCCCUAAUUAAAAUACACAAAGCUUGCAAAGUC